UCACGGACCAUAUCCAUAUGUACUAAUAUGAACCUCCGUGAUGAACUACCGCUUGCGUAAAAGGUAAAAAGGGUGCUAUAUUUAUUCAUUUACAAACUCCAAAGACGUAUUGCAUGUAUCACGUAACCAUGAUUUGCGACGAGAUGUAUGCACUUUUAUUUUUGUAACUAUCCUCUCCGCCAAGAAAUGCUCCCCACUAUUCCAAGUCAACAAAGACAAAAAGUAUCGAAAUAAAUAAAAUAAAUAAAGUCAAAAGCUCUCCGGUUCUCGUUUUUUUUUAUUAUAUUAUACAUCUAACCUUGGUAUAUAAUCACCAUCCAUCUUCUUAUUCUUCUUCAUCUUCUCAAUCUUAAUAACUUGAAAAAAUAGAAAGAAGAAAAUGAUGGGAAAAAGAAUAGCUUCCUUCAAGAACUUAGCCAAGAAAAUGAAGAGCAUCAACACAAGAGAAGGCGGCUCCGAGUCAACUCAUAACGAGUCUCUCCUGAUCAGUGAAGCGGACAUCGCGGCGACUAAGACGCCUACGGGAACGUUUGCGGUGUAUGUAGGGGAAGACCGCGCGAGACGCGUGGUACCGACAAGCUAUUUGAACCACCCUUUGUUCAGGAUGCUCCUAGACAAGUCACACGACGAGUUCCACUGUUUGGAUCAGAAGGUUAUGUUGGUCGUCCCAUGUAGCCUGUCCGUUUUUCAAGACGUCGUUAACGCCAUCGAGUCUUGUAAUGGAAAUUUCAAGUUCGGCGAUUUUGUCGAGGAGUUUCUUUGACUUAAUUUUUUCCAUAUCGUUUUGAUAAAUAUUAAGUGUUGUAGUGAUUAACACCCCUUUGUUGCGUGGUGUGAAUCUUUUUUUUUCUUGUGGAAUUUGUAUUUACCAAUGUUCUAAAAAUUGGUAUGUGGUACCAAUGCAGAUGCCUCCGUUUAGACGGCAAUUAGUCACAAUCUAAACGAUGUUUCAAAAAUAAUUUUUCUAAUUUAAACUCCCACCUAAACGGUAAUCUUA